UUGAAGGGACGCUCUAAUUUGAUUGUUUAGAGCCUAGGCUCUAUACAAACCGCACCCUUCUGCAAUUUCCUGCUUCUUCCCUUUUCACUCAAAUUUUAUUUGUAAGCUUCUUCUGUAAAGCAGGGAAAGCAGAAGAAAUCUGUCCACUUUUCCUCUCGCUAUCACAACGGCAAAUGCAGGAACCAACUGCCCCCAUUCUUUAUACCCCAUCUCUGAACUCUCGUCUCUCUUCACACUGGUACGCAUUAUCUGAAAUUUUCUUCGUUCUCUCUCUCUCUAUAUACAUACACACAAACACACAUUUUACUUCAACUUCUCUCCGUCUUUCCAAUUCAAUUGCUCAAUUGUUGUUUUUCUCUCUAUCGUAUCCGGAUCUGAAGUCUAUUCUGCUGAUCUUCAUAGUUUCUGGGUGCUUUCACCUGCAAAAAUCAGAGGAAACAGUGGAUGUUUGACCGUGGAUUAAGACUCUCAUUUCCAUGUCUUUUUGGGCGUAACCAACCCAGAGAGAGAGAGAGAGAGAGAGAGAGAGAGAGAGAGAGAGAGAGAGAGAGAGAGAGAGAGAGAGAUUUUUGGGCUCCUCUGACCUUAUGAGCAUCAGUCUAAACAAUGGAUAGAGCGCCUUCCCAAGUAGGAAGGCCAGAGUUGGAGGCUCUCGCCGAUAGUAAGAACAAUGGAUUCAGAGAUGUCAGGCACGAAUUCUCCAGUAGUUCUCUCUCUAAGAUCCAGAACCUGAGAAACUCACGUUCCAAUUCACUAUCAAAGUCCAGUUCAGAGCUCGAAUCCCCAUCUUAUGGUGGUGGCCAAAGCUUGGCUUCGAUCCUCAAUAACCCCCAUCUGGGAAAAGGCGGUGUCUAUAGCUCCGAUGCUUCAUGGGUUGGAUGGUGGCCUGCACCUGGUGCCAAUUCAAUAGAAUCAACGCCACUAAUCACCCCCAGAACCUUCCCUGAGAUCAAUCAAGCUGAUUUCCAACCCUAUUUAAAUUCGAUCUCAGAGUCUUAUGGGCGUUUCGAGGACAUAAGGCAUCACAAAGACAGAGAAAAGAGCGUUCUUGAACCCAAGAGUAGAGGUGCGGUUGGUGAAUUGAGGGGGCAGGGUGAAGCCCUUGUUGCUUGCUUGAGGGAGGUCCCUUCUCUCUACUUUAAGGAGGACUUUGCUCUAGAAGAUGGGGUUACUUUUAAGGCAGCAUGCCCUUUCUCUUCGAUCAAUGAAAACUUGGUGUUACAAGAGAAAUUAUCACAUUAUUUGGAUGUUGUUGAGGUACAUUUGGUAAAGGAGAUCUCUUUGAGGUCGGAUUCAUUCUUUGAGGCACAAGGGCAUUUGCAGGACCUUAAUAAAAAGAUAGUUGAGGCUUGUGGGCGCCUUAGAGAGUUGAAGGAGACAAUAAGGAUCCUUGACAUUGAUGUAGUGGAGAAUGCUCAACAGAUUCAAGAAUUGAAUAGGACCCGCGGAAACUUGUUAGCUCUCCAACAAAAACUCAGGCUCAUACUAUAUGUCAAUCAAGCUCUUUCCACUCUGAAAUUGCUUGUUGCAGCUUCUGAUUGUGCUGGUGCACUAGAUGUUAUCGACGACUUGCAACAUCUACUGGAUGGUGAUGAGCUCACUGGUUUGCAUUGUUUCCGUCACCUUCGUGAUCAGUUAACAAUGUCUUCAGAUGCAAUAAAUAGCAUUCUUGCAGCAGAGUUUUUGCGGGCAGCAAUAUAUGAUGCAAGAGAACUGGAUCGAUCAAUUUUAUCAAAAUUGCCAGUUAAGACUGCCGAUCUUAGCAAUGGCAAAGAAGAGGAAGUCAAGUUAGAUGAGGAUGAGAGCUCCAGUUUACGAGAUCGACUUCUUCCCCUCAUCAUUGGAUUGCUUAGAACUGCCAAACUUCCAUCUGUACUGAGGGUUUACCGUGAUACAUUAAUUUCCGACAUGAAAACAGCCAUUAAGACCACAGUUGCAGAGUUGCUUCCGCUUUUAUAUGGACGACCAGUGGAGUCUGAUUUGUCUACUGGAGAGCGGCCUGCUGAUUCAGAUGGUGGAGGUUUAUCACUUGCAAGUAAAUUGCGCAAUCUAUCUUCUGAGAGCUUUGUUCAACUUUUAGCUGCAAUUUUCAAGAUUGUACAGGCACAUUUGGUGCGGGCGGCUGAAGUUAAGAAGGUUAUUGAGUGGGUUAUGGGAGGCCUUGAUGGUAGCCCUGCUAUGGAUUCUGUUGCAGCUGUAGUUGCUCUUGGUGCUGCUGCAGCAGCUGCGGCAGAAGCUGCUCAAGAGAAUGUUACUCAACUUAGUUCACCAUCUUUGCUUCAAAAGAAUGCCACCAAGGUUCAAUUGCUUCUGGGAAAGGCAAAUGACAUUUCUAGUCCAGCAAAUAUAUCAAAAAAUUUCAUUGCUGAUGUUCUUCGGGAGAAUGCUGAAGCAGUUUUUGCGGCUUGUGAUGCUGCACAUGGAAGAUGGGCUAAGUUACUGGGUGUGCGUGCACUCCUACAUCCUAAGUUACGGCUGCAAGAUUUUCUUAGUGUUUAUAAUAUCACUCAGGAUUUUAUCUCAGCAACAGAGAAGAUUGGUGGAAGGUUGGGCUACAGCAUUCGGGGUACUCUGCAGUCACAGUCCAAAGCUUUUGUUGAUUUUCAGCAUAUCUCUCGAAUCACAAAGAUUACAGCAGUUCUUGAUCAAGAAACUUGGGUUGCAAUAGAUAUCCCUGAUGAAUUUCAAGCCAUUGUUGACUUGUUUAUUUGUUCUGAGGCUGUGAUUGCUGAGGGUGAGGAGGGGUCCCUUCAAUUGAAUCCUGCACAGCAAACAAACACAAUUGACGGGUCACGUGAUGAUUCUGCAAAAGCAGCUUAUUCUCAAUCACUUUCAAGGCAGAAUUCAGUUGAGUCCUCUGUAGAGCAUGUCAGACACGCUAAUACCUCAUCCCAGUCCGGGGGAAGUCAAGAAAAUACAGUCGAAUCUUCGCCACGGCCCAUAACUGAAAAUGACCAUCACAGUUCCAAGGGACAUGACAAAUCUCCUUCACAAAAGCUUUUCCAUAAAGGUGUUGGUUAUCAUAUGGUAAACUGUGGUUUAAUUUUGCUAAAGAUGCUCUCAGAAUACACUGAUAUCAGUAAUAACUUGCCAGCAUCAUCAUCUGAAGUUGUUCAGCGUGUUGUGGAGAUUUUAAAACUUUUUAAUUCACGGACUUGUCAACUUGUUCUUGGUGCUCGUGCUAUACAGGUAACUGGUUUGAAAUCAAUAACGGCUAAGCACUUAGCUUUGGCAAGCCAGGUGGUUAGCUUCUUCUACGCUAUAAUACCAGAAAUCAGGCGUAUUCUUUUCUUGAAAGUACCAGAACCACGCAAGGCUUUGUUGGUGUCUGAAAUUGACAGAGUAGCACAGGAUUAUAGGGUGCAUAAAGAUGCAAUCCACACAAAGCUAGUGAAUAUAAUGAAGGAUCGGUUGCCGGUACAUUUGCCUGAAAUGGCUAAGAGUUGGAAUCAGGAAAGUGAUGCUCAACCAAGUCUUCAUGCCCGACAGCUGACUAAGGAAGUUGGGGUUCUUCAACGUGUCUUAUCUCGAACUCUUCCAGAGGCAGAUGUUCACAUAAUUUUCAGGCAAGUGGUUCAAGUUUUCCAUUCGGAAAUCACAGCAACGUUUUCAAAGAUGGAUGUAAAUAGCCCUGAAGCGAAGGCUAGAAUGUAUCGUGAUAUUCACCAUAUUCUUGGAUGUAUUCAUUCAUUACCUACUGAUGACUCAAGUAAAGAUGGAGUUAACUCUGGGCAACUUGAUGAAUUUUUGGCACAAAGAUUUGGGACAGACGCAGUUCACUGAAGUUGCAUGUAUAUUAGGGAAAACACAAGAUAUGGAAGGUUAACCAUAUUCCUGGAAGUCUCCACAGGCUCAUAUUUGAAGAAUGUCACUCCAAUUCCUUGCUGCAUGUUCAUUUGCCUCCUGGUUCUCUGCUCCCUUGGUGCAAGGAGAAGUAACUUUUUUGCUGUGGCAGCUUCCAUUUUUUAUUUUGAAAGUCUUUAAUGAGAAAUUUGCAACCUGGGUUGGAUGUUACAUCGGCAUAUGCUGCGCUACUAAUGAAGUGGCUGGUGAUUUUGCUGGUUUUUCUUGUAAUGCUUGUAGCAAUCCUCCCACCCACUAUAGGUACUGCAUGGCUUCUGCAUCUUUCUAAUUUUCUAUGUCACUGGUGUGGAAGGAAUAGAAGAGCAUUCAAGAACAUUUGUAACUAACUUCUGCAUUGUGUACGUACAUAUCACAAUUCAUGCCUUUAAGAAUUGAAGGUGUUAGCUGAUCAUUUGUGAACCAUGUGUUCCAUAUGUUGUUUUCGGGUAGUCUAAGUGCCCUUCGUCAUUUGCUUCAGCAGAUUGUGUAAUAUUAUUUGUCAAUAAUGUCUGUCAGAUUUUCUUGGUGCGACUUACUGAACUCAUACAUUUAUGAUCACUUAUUACCUGUUGUUUAUGUUUCUUGAUUCGAUCACGUUUUGAUGGCUAUUUAGCUCAUCACCUUUCGAUUAUUAUUGAUGUCCAUUUCCUUUUGAAGUACA